AUGCCUGGAUUGAAUGACUUGCAAGCAAUGCAGCUUUUCUGUUGGCACGCAUUUUUGCAACCCUUUCCACUCUCUGGAUUUGAAAUUCUUGUUAAAGGCUUCUUAAAAGCUUGCAAUGGACUACCCCUGUCUCUUAAGGUCUUAGGUGGACAGUUACAUGGAAAGAGUUCUAAAGAUUACUGGCACUCUCAACUAAACAAAAUAUCAAGAAUAUUGCCUUCCAACAUCAUAAAAAGGCUACAAGUAAGCUUUGAUGCGCUGGAUAAGGAAGAGCAAGAGAUGUUCUUGGCUGUAGCUUGUUUUCUCAUUAGAAAGGAGCCAAGUGUGGCCAUUUCUGUGUGGGAUGGAUCCGGUUGGAGUGGUCUGCAUGGUUUGGAAACACUUGUGAAUAAGUGUCUCGUGGAGCUGAUUUACGACGAUAUCGAUGGGAUAGAGCACAUAUGGAUGCACAAUCAUGUUCGUGAUAUGGGGAGAGAGAUCUCAGCUACACACUUGCCAUGUCGUUAUUGGUCUCCGCAGCAGAUUCUCGACAUUCAGGAAAAAUUCAGAGGUGAGGUAAGAACGCCGAUUAGGGGGAGAGACUUUGAAAUUUUUGAUUCGCAUAGUUUUAUGGACACGUUCGUGGGAACAUCGAGGACAGGGCUUAAACGGCUCAGAUCUCCCCUUAUCUCAGAGAUUCUUUUAGUUAAAGGAAAUGAACUUACUGAAGAAAUUGCCUCACUCUUAGAAGACCCUGUGUGGCUUCAGUGGAAUAGGAUUCCCCAUAGGAAUAUUCCUUCAUGGUUUCCAUUAUCAAGUCUAUCUCUUGAUAAAAAUAUGUUGAUAGAGCUGGAUAUCCGUUUCAACAGGUUGCAAAGGAUUCCCUCUUCGAUAGGUCGUCUUAAGCAUUUGAAAAAAAUAAUAAUCCACUUUGGCCAGCAUCCGAGCUGUCCCAUUAGCACUCUGCCAGAAGAGAUUUGUGAUCUACAAUCCCUGGAUUACUUGGCCUUAUAUUGUUUUGAUCAGCUGUCUUCGCUACCGGUUCGCUUUGGAGACUUGACAAAUCUGCGUCACAUAUUUUUGUUUGAGUUGACAGAGCUGAGGAAACUGCCAGUGUCUUUUAAGCAUCUGAUAAAUUUGGAAAGUUUGGAUCUAAGUGGUUGCGAGGAGCUCAAGCUCAGGUCAGAUAUGCUAGAGAGCAUAAGGAAGCUGGAAAAAUUAAAUCUCCUUUCUUGUGACGAAGUAGAAGAGUUCCCUUCUCAAAUUUCAAGUCAGCUGUCAUUGAAAAGUAUCAUUGCAGAGAAAAGCAGUUUAAUGUAUUUGCCAAAUGACAUUGGUUUACUCCGCAAUUUGAAUACGCUAUCAAUUGGUGGCAACCUCUUGACAAGUCUGCCAACUUCUCUUGGAAACUUGUCCUGCUUGACCGACCUUCAUAUUCAGAGCUCACAGUCGACAAGCUUGCCAAUUUCCCUUGGAAACUUGUCGUCCUUGGCCAGUCUUCGUAUUAAGUGCUCGCUGUUAACAGACUUACCAACUUCUCUUGGAAACUUGUCCUGCUUGACCUUUCUUUUUGUUGAUUGCCCGCUGUUGACAAGCUUACCUGCCUCUCUCGGAAACUUAUCCUGCUUGGAAUCUUUCCUUAUUUAUAAUUGCAAGAAAUUGAGAUAUAUACCUCAGUGCAUUUGGGACCUCAAAUUUCUGACUAUAGAGAUUAAAGAUUCAGGGGUUAGAGAGUUUCCUUCUCGAUGUUCAGGAUGUUUGAAGUGUUGUCUUGUAGAUUGA